AUGUCCUCUCUAUCAGCAGUCCGGCGGACUGUGGUCAAUCCACAGUACUUGAAUCUGGCCCUGCGCACAUACUCAGGUGUUGCAUCCACCACCUACAACUCAGCAUCCCGAGCCAAGUCUCACACCCUCACACCUAAACGCCAUAUUUCAUCAACACAGCAAAAGCAAACCACCGAGUACUUCCCUGCACCAAAGACCCCGAAUGUCAAGGAAGUGAAAACGGCAUGGGCACACCCAGUUUACACUGAUGCUCAAAUGCGACAGAUCAGCAUUGCACACCGCAAAGCUUCAAAUUGGUCCGACUGGGUCGCUUUAGGAACCGUACGCGUCUUCCGAUGGGGCAUGGACCUUGCGACGGGCUACAGACACCCCAAACCAGGUCAGGAACUUCCAGCCAUGUUCAAGAUGACCGAGAAGAAAUGGCUCGCACGAUUUGUCUUCUUGGAGAGCGUGGCAGGUGUACCUGGAAUGGUUGGCGGCAUGCUGCGACACUUGCGCAGUCUGCGGAAAAUGAAACGAGACAAUGGAUGGAUCGAAACCCUCCUCGAAGAAGCAUUCAAUGAGCGCAUGCACCUUUUGACAUUCCUCAAGCUAGCGGAGCCAGGAUUGUUUAUGCGUGUCAUGGUCCUCGGUGCCCAGGGUGUCUUUUUCAACGGAUUCUUCCUUGCCUACCUCAUGUCUCCGCGCAUCUGCCACCGAUUUGUCGGAUACCUCGAGGAGGAGGCUGUCAUCACAUAUACCCGUGCUAUCGAGGAACUGGAGGCCGGAAAGCUCCCCCAGUGGAACGAUCUCGAUGCACCCGAGAUUGCCAUUCAAUACUGGAAGAUGCCAGCCGGGCAGCAGAAGAUGAAAGAUCUGCUGAUGUAUGUCCGUGCCGACGAAGCGAAGCACCGCGAGGUCAAUCACACUCUCGGAAACCUCAGCCAGACUAUGGACCCCAACCCGUAUCAAACGGAAUACACGGACCCCACCGGCGAUCACCCGAGUAAGGGCAUUGACACUGUGAGGGGGACUGGAUGGGAGCGGAAGGACAUCUUCCCGACACUUCCGAAGAACUGA